AUUCUCGACUACACAUGUUUAUUGAUUUGUGAAACAGUACGAACACAGUUGGAAAAUCCACCGUACUCAUGUGUGCGAAUCUGUGAAUGGUACACAUUUGCGUUGGUGAAAUUUGUAAGACAUCGAAUCAGUGCAGAAUAUGUUGACGAAUGAAUUUGAAUAUUGGAGUACAGGUGAUCAGGAUUACAUGUAUGGUUAUUGUUUUUUGUUACUGACGAGGAGUAUUAUUAUAAAAUGAAGUAUCCACUAAUUUCCAUUCCACUUCUGCAUAUCUCAUCUGUCAUUCAUCAGGGGUGCACAAGCAACAUACACACACAAGAUGCCUGACAAACGUGAUAAAGCGACACACUCGUACAAUCGUGGAUCAUUAUCAAUGCAGUCACUUUCAAUGGACGAUGUAAGGAAGGUGGUCGCUGAUGUCUUCAUCAACGAUAAGAGUGCCAAGAGUGAGAAUACUUUAGAUCUAAGUGGAUGGAUUGUUAUACUGGCAUGUGCACUAUUCGCCCUCAUUCUAACUGCUUUGUUGAUUUUUGUGGAGAAAAUACGGAACAGGUUUCCGGCAAACCUGUUCAUCAUAUUAUCAGCAGUUAUUUCACUGUCUGUCAGUGUAACCACUAUAUUAUCCAUUUUAAAUGGAUGGAAACCAGUUAUUGUGCUGAGUUUAACAGCUGCGAUAUUCAUAAUAGCAGUGAUUACUGGUUUCACAUCGGGGAAUUUGAAGAAAAAGGGACGAGUAAUAUUCACUUCGAUUUCAGGUGGGCUGCUUCUUGUCGGUGUGGUCACUGCCUGUUUAUUCUGCUUCCUCGAACAACUCACGAUUGCAUCUGGCGUGUCGAUGAGCAUUGCAUUAGCGAUAGUCAUCUUUAUGACCAUCAAGGUCCUGAGAUUUGGCCGUUUCGAUGCAACAUUUACUACGGCUUUAUUCUUGGCUUAUCUAUUAUGGAUUGAGGAAGUUGGGCUGUGCUUAUCGAUAACUCAGUGUUUCAUGAAGCUAAAUGAUACACAAAACGUGUGCAGGAGAAACGAGGUUCACCUGAAUUUCCCCAUCAAAUUAUACUGACCCUCAAAACUGAUAAUUAUAUGUUUGUGUGCGAGAUGGAAUCCAAAUAGCUUGAAUGGAGAAUUUAACAAAUAUUUAUUGUCACAUUACUGAACUACUUAAGUGGAUACAACUUGAUGCCACUGAAUCAAUUUCAUUCACUCAUGAUUCUAUGCAUAUUAAUGAAAGCUUCUUGAUAAAUAUCCUGAUUGAAGCACCAUUUUCGCCUAAAUUCACUUUUGAUGAUUCACUACAAAUAAAAAGUUGAACACUAUACACCAUUAUACUACAUCUCCAUUGUUG